GGAGCUCUGCUGCUGUUGGCUGAAAUGGCUCGCUCACACAGAGGACGGAGCCGUGAUUAAACCGUGUGCGGCUCCAAACCGUGACUGCAGCGCGGUCCCCCGGGGCCCGGCGGGCCCAGCUGCCGGAUCAGACCCGAGGCUGGGCUGUGAGGGGCCGCAGGAGGAACCGGAGAACCGGCCGGAGGUCCGCGGCUCGUCGGAGCGAAAAGAGCCGCUGUUUCGGAUGAUCUGGUUUCCCUGCUAUCCGGUGACAGACCUCCUUUAGCAUCCCCUGUGCUCACAGUAUCAACACAUGUUAAAAACACACCGGAAACCUGGUUUAUGGCAAAGUUUUAACAUCUGUUGUUCUUAAAAUACUUAAAUACGGAUUUCUGGCAACUUUUAAACAUUGCUGUUGCUAAAACCAACAAAGAACACUGAAGGAAGUCGGUCACCAGUUUGCAGGGGGACCAGUUAAUCCGUCACACCGGAGGACGGUCUGCGGAGCUCCGGCGGAGUUUUCCUUCCAAGCUCAACAAAACCACGGCAGAGUGUGAGGUGGAGCAGCAGCGGUGAUGGUGCAGCAGGGUGGGGCCGGUGGGGGCUGCAGCCCUGCAGGUGGAUGAUCGGCGCCGCCGGCGGUCAGGAUGCACAUCGCCUCCGUGGGCGUCACCAAGUCCUGCUUCCUGUUGUCCCUGGCGUCCUGCGGCCUCCUCCUCCUGCUGAUCCCCGCCCUCCAGCCCCCGGCACGCCAGGCGGAGCUCCCCCAGCCCCGCCGCCACGCCGCGCCCCCCCACACGCCGGAGCUUCGCAGACCCGCUAACCGCACCCUGUCCGGAGGAGACGCUCCGCCCCAACGCGCCGGGCCCCGGGAGCAGCUGGAGGGCCGGGACCUGUUUAUCGCGGUGAAGACCACCAGGAAGUACCACAAGUCCCGGCUGGAGCUGCUGAUCCAGACCUGGGUGUCCCGGGCCAAGGAGCAGACCUACAUAUUCACCGACGGGGACGACCAGGAGCUGCGCCUGAGAACCGGAGUGAACAUCAUCAACACCAACUGCUCGGCCGCUCACACCCGCCAGGCGCUGUGCUGCAAGAUGUCGGUGGAGUACGACAAGUUCAUCGAGUCGCAGAGGAAGUGGUUCUGCCACGUGGACGAUGAUAACUACGUGGUCCUGCCCAGCCUGCUGCGCCUGCUGUCCUCCUACCACCACAGCCAGGACGUGUACCUGGGCCGGCCCAGCCUGGACCACCCUAUCGAGGCGGCGGAGCGGGUGAAGAGCGACGGCUCGGUGUCGGUCCGGUUCUGGUUCGCCACGGGCGGAGCCGGGUUCUGCAUCAGCCGCGGUCUGGCACUGAAGAUGAGCCCGUGGGCCAGUCUGGGGAACUUCAUCAGCACGGCGGAGAAGCUCCGCCUCCCGGACGACUGCACGGUGGGCUACAUCAUCGAGGCGCUGCUGGAGGUCCCGCUGACGCACACACACCUGUUCCACUCCCACCUGGAGAACCUGCAGAAGCUGCCGGCAGACGGCGUGCUGCAGCAGGUGACUCUCAGCUACGGAGGCUUCGACAACAGGAGGAACGUGGUGAACCUGCAGGGGGCGUUCUCCCUGACCGAGGACCCCACCAGGUUCAGGAGCGUCCACUGCCUGCUGUAUCCCCACACCGAGUGGUGUCCUCAGUCCAGAGCGCCGUCCGGGCCCUGAGGACGCCGUCUGGAGAGCCUGGUGAUGAGGACGUGUCUCUGAUGGUCCACGUUCUCCUGACUGAAGUGGACGUGUCACUGCUGGACACAGAGACGAGUGACGCUGUGGGCGGGGCUUCAGUGAGGCCUGCUUCCUGCUUCCUGGAGUCUUUGAUCUGGAUCAGAUGAUCGGAUCAGUUCCAGUCUGAUCUGGACCUCGGUGUUAUUAGAAACGCUCCGUCUCCGUGGAAACGGGUAAAGUCAGACUUUGUGGAAACACUCGGUGCGUCUCCGUCCGUCCCCUCCAGAGGGCGGAGACCAGCUGCUGCGACUCAGCGGCUCCCUCUAGUGGCUCGGUGUUUUCAGCGUUCCUGUCGUCCAGCCCUGAAACCCCGUCUCCUGAAGCGCGGCGUCAGCAGGACGGAGACGUCCUCCAACAAUCAACCUUUGAACUCAGAACCGACUGAAAGCUGCUGAAUGGACGGCGUGUCUCCGUCAGUCUCACCAAAGACCAGGAUCCUGGAGUCCUGCAGUCCUGCUGCGGGUCAGUGGAGCGCUCUGGAAACCGUUCUUCUUCUGCUGUUUCUACGACAAUAAAAACCUCUGAAAACAC